AUGGCGGAGAUAGAGCAGGCCUCGCUCAAGUCUGAGCAGCUGUCGGACAAGUCCUCUUCCCCCGCCCUCCCCGACGAGCUGAGCCUGGACGAGACCACCGCGGACCCUCUCCUCUCUGCACAGGGCGGCUUCAGCAGCAGCUCUCCCAGCUCAGAGGAGUCCGGGGGGGGCAGGGCUCAGCUCACUCAGGUCCUGGUCCAGAGUCUGGUCCAGGCGUCUGAGCAGUGUCUAGAGACGGACAGCAACCUGCAGGAGUCUGAGGCUCAGAAUAAUGAGGCCCUCGUGAAGUCCGCCCCCAGCAGCCCUGGGGGAGUCUCCAGUUCCAGUCACAGAGACCGGAGCAGUGAGGGAGGGGCCGGUGGGUUUUGGCCCCUGCUCCACUUGCCCACAGAGUUCUUCCACCCCACAGCCCCCUCAGGGGCCCCUCGCAGCAGCAGCCUCAGACUGACCAGGGGCCUCAGACUGACCAGGGGCCUCAGACUCACGUCCCCACGCUCCUGGGCCUCUCUGCGCUCUCCAGGGGCCCGCACCAAGAAGCUCAGCUCUCAGUACCCCUCCCACAGUGACUCGUCCCUGGCCACAGGCAGCUCUGAGGGCAGCCUGCAGACCACUCUGGAGGAGGGGCUGAGCUUCAGUGUGUCCCCUCCUCAGGUGGGGCCCCUCCCCUCCGCGGCCCCCCCUCUGCUGUGCCCCGUGUCUCGGCCCCCUCCCUCCUCCACCCUCACCCUGCAGGCCAUCAGGGGGCACCAGCGCAGCCAGAGCAGUGGGCGAGGCAGCACCAGCCCUGGGUACACGCGGGAGGACUCCAUGGACCCCUCAGAUGAGGACCUGGGCAUCGUGCUGGGGCCCUCCAGUCAGGGCGGCAACAGCGAGCACCUGUCCGAGGCCCUCAGCAGCCUGUCGCUCAGCUCUCUGUUGUACCCUAUAGGAGGAGUGAAGAAGUGCAACAGCACAGGCAGCCUGGACCCCGGGGCCCUGCUGUCCCGUACAGAGCAGCACAAGGACAUUAUGGGCCCCUGGACGGACACUUCCAGAGGAGCCAGAGAGCAGACCCUGCGAGGGAAGAGCUCCAGCCAGAGCGCUGUGGGCCCCUGUCGUAAAGAUAGAUGA